AUGGAGACAUCUACACUUUUUCACUUCUUAAUUGCCUUACUCUAUCAUAUCAAACUCAAUCUUGCUGAGGAUUCAAGUCUCAGCAUGAAUGUGAGUAUCCUAUCGAAGAUUGUGUAUACAAAUACGGAUGCGCAUGAGAAUUUGCUCAGUACAUAUUCAUCAAGUCCUUCAACGGAUUUCAAUUACAUACCACGAAGUACGACAUAUUGGCCAUUGAUUCCAUUGGUGAUUACAAGCGCAUUUCGUUUAACUGAUUCGAAUUGUUUUUGUAGCUACGAUCGAAUUAGCAAUCUACUAUCGUGUUCUCCGUCGUUACAAAAUGCAACAUCAUAUCCCGUUUCGGAUACAAACUUUCUACUAAUCAAUAUAACACUCAAUGAUUGUAUGUUUUCAAGCAAUCAUUUCAGCGUUCCGAAUAUCGGCCGAAAACAUAUUGAUCAACUGAGAAUCUACGAUGCCAAUCGCAAUGAUUAUCUUGUGCUCGAUGGUACUUCAUUUUCAAGUUAUUCCAUCAAUCAAUUGUAUAUUAUUUACAGUUAUUCGCAACCAAUAACGAUGUUACUCAUCUCCAGUGAAACAUUUUCAUCUUCAUCGAUUUAUUUAUCAUUACAUACACUCUAUAUAACAUCAUGUUAUUUAAUUACAUUGCAAAAACCAUUCAGUCGAUUAUUUCUUCUUGAAACGAUCACGUUGAGAAAUAUUCAUUCGUUUUCAUGGUACGAUUUUCAACAACAGAUCGUUCGUUUACCUAAACUACGAUUCAUUAACAUUGCCGAAGGAAAUUUUCCUUCUUCGAAUAACAUUUUUAACGUUCUAUCAUGUAAGGAUAUCUCAUCGCAAUGGAUACUUAGUUAUCGAAUGAUUCAAACGUGCAGCUGUGCCUACGUAUCAUUUCUGCAAACCAUUCAACGCCAAGGAGUUUUCUAUCAAUGUCCGGAUUCAGUUACUGCUAUCGAUUUCUCUGCAGACAUCUGUCUAUUCAAUGGCGUCGAAUAUCUUGUUGGAAGUGAAACGAAUUUUUUUUGCGAUAAAUGCCGAUCAGUCCAAUGUCCCAAUGGAACUGCAUGUGCCGAAGCAUAUCCGUCGGAACCGACGUGCAUUUCAUUAUCUCGGUGUGACUACAAUACACUCCAAGAGCGUAUACCGUUGACACCUUAUACAAAACAAUUUCUAUUUCGCGAAAGUCAAGAAUAUCUUACGGUGAAUCCGAAUCAAACGUUAGGGGUUCAAGGAUUCAAUUCCAUUGCGACUAUUCUAAUUGAUUCUAAUCGAAAUCCUGCACCAUCAUCACCAAAUGAUGCACAAAUGUUCCAUCAGACAUUUUCCGAAAUGUUAAACCGACCGUGGUCACCAGAAGUCUAUACAGCAUCAUUGUCAUCGCCUACUGUCUUGCAACAACUACUCGUGUCUCUGGAUGGGUCAAUAAAAACUAUUAAUAAUAGUGAGUCGAUCUUCGUUUUCCAAAGUCAACCGAUUUCAACGAUGAGCUUACGUUUUCCAACAGUUAUGCCUGAUCAAGAUCGUCUAGGUUUUAAAAUAACCAAUGAUAACCGAAUUUCAGAGAAUAUCACGGAAACAACAUCUGUUGAUCCAACUGUAACAUCGCGUAUAUUUCUCAAAAUUGAUCCUAACCAACUAAAUAAAACGAAAUGUGAACCAUCAAAUACAACAACGAACUGUACGAAUCGGUUCUCGAUAACAUCACUGAAAUCUCCGAAAUUAUUCUACAAUACCAAUCGAAUACCUGAAUAUGAUGUUAUUUCAAUUCUUGCACCUGAUCAUAAUCAAACAGUAACGUUUUACUUCGAGCAAAAAAUCAUCACAAAUGAAACAUCGAAUGUCUCGAUUAAUUCAACUUCAGAUUCAUUUUAUGAUCAACUUGGUCAAAUGCUGUUACAAGGCACUUGCAUGUAUUUGAACACAACAAGUAUGAUUUGGCAAACGGAUGGUUGUACAACUGAUCGGCAGUUGUCAAAUAAUACAUCGGUUAUGUGCACCUGUGAACAUUUAACGAUGUUUACCGUGUUUUUCUCUUUGUCAUGUGCAACACCAUCGAAAGCGUUAGAAAUUCUGAGUUGGAUUGGAUGUGUUCUCUCCAUUCUUGGUCUAUCUGUUACAUUGGUGAUGUUCGUUGUUAUAAGACAAUGUCGAAAAAUGAAGGAUAACGUCAAUGGAAUCUCAUCAUCACAUUCGAGUUCAAGUCAAGAAUUACGACGGCGAAUCAUGACUAAACCACGCCGACUCUCAAUGGUCAAAUCAAUGUUGUUCGUAUUAUGUAUACUAUUAAUCAUCAUGAAUAUUCUCAUAUUUGUUCUGACAUUUAUCAAAGCAGAGCGGAAUGUUGCUUGCACAAUACUCUCUGCAUCUUUGUAUUAUUUUACACUAACUGCUUUCCUUUGGAAAUUGUGUUUUUCACUGCAACAAAGUUUAUUCAUUACUAAUCUAUUCCAGUCCUACUGGUCUGAUCGGACAUUACUAAUUAUCUAUUUUACCAUAACAUUCACAUUACCAAUUUGUCCAUUAAUAGUCAUGUUUGCUAAAUAUCCUAAUUCCACAUUUGUCUCUUCUACAUGCAACUAUUGCUGGUUAACACGCGAAUUUUUGUUAUACGGAUUGGUUAUUCCGAUUCUAAUCAUCAUCUGUUUGAAUGUGGUGUUUUAUAUCUAUACGAUGGUUCAUUUAUGCAUACGGAAUCGGCAACAGCCUAAUUUACGUUCGACCAAAUCGGAACAAUCCCGACGAAUACAGAAUUUCAAAAUCGGACUGUUCUUUGCUAUCAUUAUGGGCUUUAGUUGGGUAUUGGGAUUCCUCGUUCUCAUACCGAAUUCUUAUGUGCAAACAAUUGGCAACAUUCUCUUCUGUAUUGUGAACACAUUACAAGGUUUUGCUUUUUCAAUCAUGACAUUUUGUAUGUUGGAACGAAAAUCGUUUCGUAAAUGCUGUUGCUUUUGGCGAUAUAAAAAUUCUGAUCAAGCAAACGGAAACUCAUCUGAUGCGAUCGUUCCUCAACAGUCACUGCCGACAUCGAACGGUACCAAUGCGACGAAAAGUAAAUCAAUAUACAAUUCGUCGACGUAUACAUCGUCAAUAACACCGUCUGAAGCUUAUCGAAGUCUUCGCGACGUGUUCAAUUAUCAUCAUCAUCAAAAGAAGACUUCACCAAUUGAAAAUGACAAAGAACAUGUGUAUAGUGUACCAACAUUUUAA